UUCUCCUUAACCCCGCCUCCUCACCUAAUGUCACACUGACCCGGAAGUAGAAUCUCCAUAGCAACAAGCAUCUACCCGCUGCAUUUAAAGCGUGCCGGGGGGCAAGCAUCUCAGUAAGCAGUUCCGACUCUUCAACAUGGAUCAUGUGGGUCAUGCAAGAACAAGCCAUGGUCAAGCAUCAAAGGAAGGGAUCAGCUGGUCAGGGGUUCAGCAGAAAAAUGCCUAUGCCAGAUUAGUGCAGCAACAUCACAGUGGAAGGUUUAAGUUCUUUUUAAACUACAUAGCUCAGAAGCUGCAGCAGGAAGAGAGUGCCCAUGGAGAUGAUGGCUUGGAUAGAGAAUUGGAAAUCACUGGUAGAUUUCAGGAAUUAUUGGGAAAAAAUGGAUCAACCAAUCAUGAUAACUUGUCAACUAAACAAGCUUCUUGUGAGAACUCUGCUGUUUCUCAGUAUGACAGAGGUUGUGAACAUGGACACACCUACAGAAAAUCGGAGGCAUUAGCCGAAAAGCAGAAAGGCAAACCUCCUACAAUCACAAGUCAUGAUUCAGAUUUGGAGCCUGAGAAUGCUGGAAAAGUUGCAGUCAAUACUUCUGAAAAAAGGCAAAUAUAUCCCAGCACGAAUAAGGGGCCAUCAAUACAAAUGUGUGAAUCUGAUAACGAUACCCAUAACCGAGACACCCAAUCUGAUAAGCAAAAGGCAAAGUCUCAAACUCCUAUCAAAGGCUUCCAAAGUGAACAGCUUUUAGAAGGUGGUCACAAGCGUGGAUUUCACAGGACUAGAUACCAGUCAGAAAGUGCUUGCACACCCCCAAAUCUCAACAGGCAGAGACAGCUUUCAGAAUCCCACUGUGAAACUAUGCACAACACAUUUCUGAGCCCUGUUCAAGCUGGCAAAAGAGGUAUAAAUCACAGCCUUUUGAAUGAGAAGCGCCGUGGAAAGGGUAAAAAAAAGAAUAUAUUUGAGGAGUACAUGACAAAAGAGGAAGUAUCUGCAGGUUUGAAAAGAGGAGAGCUAAUCCAGGGUUCCCUAAGGAUUAAUCCCAAGAAAUUUCAUGAAGCAUACUUGCCAUCUCCGGCUGGUGUAAGGGACAUAUUUAUUGAUGGAGUAGUUUCCAGAAACAGAGCUUUAAAUGGAGAUGUUGUUGUUGUGAAGUUGCUUCCUCGUGAUCAGUGGAAGGUACUGAAAACUGAUGUUUGUGAGGGUGAGGAUACACUGGCUCACAGUACUGGUAAAAAGCAGCCUGCUCUGUCUCCUCAUCCAAUGAAAAGUAGAGUUGAAAGCCCAGCUGUUAUUACAGAGUCUCAAUUUGACAGUGGAGAGGAGAGGCAUGAGAGUGCCUCAAUUGGAUGUCCUCAGAAAGCAAUUGGGGAUAAAGCAAAUGAAAUAGAAGAAAACGCUUUGCCUAAGCAAGAGGAUCCCAGAAGUUUGUCGGAUGACUGCUUUCAGAAAACCGCAAAGGUAGUUUACAUACUGGAGAAAAAACAUUCGAGAGCAGCGACUGGUUUUAUUAAACCUUUGUUUGACAAGAGUAGUGACUUAGCAAGGAAGCGUGCUUUGUUUUCUCCUGUGGACCACAGACUUCCCCGCAUACAUGUCCCUCUUGGGGAUUGUCCUCACGACUUUUCAGUCCACCCAGAAACCUAUGCUUGCACCCUAUUUAUCUGCAGUAUCACAGCCUGGAGAGAGGACAGCAACUUUGCUGAGGGGAAAUUAAUGAAAAGUCUCGGGCAGGCUGGAGAAAUUGAACCUGAAACAGAGGGAAUAUUAAUGGAGUAUGGUGUAGAUUUUUCAGAUUUCCCUAAUAAGGUUUUGCAGUGCCUGCCACAGAACCUUCCAUGGUCUAUACCCCAGGAGGAGUUCCAGAAGAGAAAAGACUUAAGGAAUGAGUGCAUUUUCACUAUUGAUCCUGCCACUGCAAGGGACCUGGAUGAUGCUUUAUCAUGCAAACCUCUUCCAGAUGGUAAUUUUGAAGUAGGAGUUCAUAUUGCAGAUGUGAGCUAUUUUGUUGCAGAAGGAAAUGCUCUGGACUGUAUGGCUAGCGAGAGAGCCACAAGCGUUUAUCUUGUACAGAAGGUAAUCCCAAUGCUACCCAGACUUCUGUGUGAGGAACUGUGCAGUCUGAAUCCAAUGACUGACAGACUAACAUUUUCAGUCAUAUGGAAAAUCACACCACAAGGCAAGAUCCUGGAUGAAUGGUUUGGUCGGAGUAUCAUCUGCUCUUGUGUGAAGCUAAGUUAUGACCAUGCCCAAAACAUGAUAAACCACCCAGACAAGAAGAUUGAGAAGCAUGAGCUGCCCCCAGUGUCAUCAGAGCACACCAUUAAUGAGAUACACCAAGCUGUACUAAACCUUCAUCUUAUUGCACAGAACCUGCGUAAACAGCGAUUUGAUGAUGGGGCCUUAAGACUCGAUCAGCUGAAAUUAACUUUCACUUUGGACAAAGAGAGUGGGAUGCCUCAAGGAUGCUACAUCUACCAAUACAGAGACAGCAACAAAUUGGUGGAAGAAUUCAUGUUACUUGCAAAUAUGGCAGUGGCGCAUCACAUAUAUCGCCAGUUUCCAGACAAGGCUUUGCUGCGCCGGCACCCCCCUCCACAAACCAAGAUGCUCAAUGACCUUAUCGAAUUCUGUGAUCAAAUGGGACUGCAGCUGGAUUUCACUAAUUCUGGGACUUUGCAUAAAACUUUGAAUGAUCACUUUGGAACAGAUGAAUACUCUACUGCGCGUAAGGAGGUCCUGACCAAUAUGUGUUCUCGGCCCAUGCAGAUGGCACUAUAUUUCUGCAGUGGAGCCCUGAAUGACGAAACACAGUUCCAUCACUAUGCACUGAACGUCCCUCUGUAUACUCACUUUACUUCCCCUAUACGGCGUUUUGCUGACAUAAUAGUUCAUCGGCUCCUUGCAGCAUCACUAGGAUGUGGACCCCAUCUGAAAACCUCAAAAGAGAUAAUCCAGAAACAAGCUGAUCAUUGUAAUGACCGCAAAACAGCAUCCAAGCGAGUGCAGGAACUGAGUGCAGAGCUUUUCUUUUCUGUCUUUGUAAAGGAAUGUGGCCCCCUGGAGUCAGAGGCCAUGGUUAUGGGAGUCCUUAAUGAAGCUUUUGAUGUUAUUGUGCUUAGAUUUGGGGUCCAGAAGCGCAUAUAUUGUAAUAGCCUUCCUCUUGUUAAUUCACAUUAUAAACAGGUCGGGAAAAGACCUGAACUGACACUGCUUUGGGAACCAGAACAGAAAGGAGAGGAACCUGUGCGACAGGUAAUCAGUAUUUUCACGCUUGUGGAGGUGGUCCUCAAGACAGAUAAUGUGCCCCUAAAGUACACAGCGCUACUGAAAAGACCAGAGGCCGAGUGACUGCAGUUUGAAGAGCAUGGGAAAUGUUUCAAUGCCGGUAGCAGUGCUGCUAUACAAUGAAUUUUCCAUUACAAUGGAUUACAUUUGUCAUUUCAAGGGGGAGACACAUUUUCUAAGUAAUUUCUGGUGUGCCAUUGAUUAAAAUGUGUGUAAAUGUCUUAGAUGCUGGUAACUCUGUCUGUAGAUCCAUAGAAAGAAGAAUUGAGGCUAUGGAUUAUUGCAUAAUUUUAAUUUACUUUUUAAAUGAAGUUGGAUCAGUUUGACCAACUAAAUCAAUAGCCAGAAGCUCUUUGGCCUUCUUAUAAGUUCUUCCCUAAUUCAUAAGCCCUUGCCAACAUGUAAGCAGUAGGUAACUGGCAUAAGAACUUUUUAAUUUUUUUCAGUAUUUUUAGGCCUGAAAAGCAGCUAUUAAUUUUAAGACACUGAAUUUUUCUCUGAAUGAACUCAUGGCUGGCACCAUAUCAGAGUAACGUUUUAGUUAAACUGUACCAAAUGAUACUUAAUUUAUGCUUUUUUUUUUAAUCUUGUUCUAGUUUUUUCCACUUACUCCUAGUAAUCAGAUUUGUAAAUGAAAGAUGCGUUUGCAUGUGUAUUUUUCAUUGAAAGAUGCAAAAGUCAGUGGCUCUCAUUUCGUGGGAAGUUGGUUGACAUGGGUAACUGCCUGUGAGCAAAUUUGCCCAACAUUAGUAAUGACCCCACUGUUGCCUUUGGCAGUUACUUUUGAUCUUAAUGUAGUGAGACCAGAUUAUCACACAGUCCAUCCCUGGAGUAAUCUUGUCUCACAAUUCUUGUAUCUCAACUCCACCCUUCAAUAAAGCAAUGUUUUCCGUGUA